AUGCCUGGCAAAAGCCGGGCGUAUGGGGGAGUCGACAGAAUCGCAAUCCUGGCCACCUUAAAGGGUACCUACCGGGAGGCGGGGAAAAGGAAAGGUCGACAGAAUCGGGAUCCUGAGUCGGAGAUUAAUUUCGAAGUGAAUUGUGGCUUCCUCCACCUCGAGCUUACCAAGUCUUCGAGCCCCGAUGAUGGUGAUCGCAGCACCAAGGGCCAGCGCGGAAAGAAGAAGACAAAGUCCAGCGGCGGCGGCGACAGCGUGGACGAUCUCGCCCGACACACCUUUGCACACUUUGUCGCCGGCGGGCCGCGUACCGCCCGCAACCCGCGCCUGCGCGCCAUCGUGGCCGACGUCGGACGUCUCUCGGCCGUCGCGCUGGCCACCGUAGCUACGGGAUCGACAGACGCCACAACAACAACGAUAACAACAACCACCAAUGCCCCCGCAGCUGCGUCGUCGUCGACGGUCAUCGCCGCGUCGUCGCCUUCGCCCCGCGCACGACGAACACGGAGCACGGUCGUGAUCGGCAGCGAUGGCGAAGACGAUCGUGUCGAAGAGGAGGAGAUUGUAGAAGAGGAGGAAGAAGAGGUGAGUGAUAAGGAAGACGAAGACGACGACCAUGAAGCCGGGAUCCGGGUGGAGAGGAUCGGGCACCGUGGCACGGAAGCCAUGCACGGGGUGGUGCGUGGCGGAGCGGGCAUGUGUCGCGUCCACCUCACCCCCACGGCCAUCGUCCAGCUCGACCGUCGCCCGUUCGUGGUGGUGCCGUAUUGCGAGAUUGAAGUGGCAUGCUUGGAGCGUGCACUCUUCAAACCUGCGUUGCGCAACUUUGACCUGGCGCUCGUGAAGAAGAGCGUGCGACAGAAAGUCCCUACGACCAAGCCCAAGCCCAGGCGCAAGAGACGCGCUACCAGGAAGAGCGGCAAGAAGAAGCGUCGGCGCGGGGAAGAUGACGAAACAGAAGACGACGAUGAAGAGGAUGAAGACGACGAAGACGUGAUCGGGGGCAAGAACCUGAGCCGCUACGUGGCGCAGGUCCACUCGAUUCCCAUGGAGUACCUGGCCCGGCUGGAGAGCCGGCUCAGCGACGAAGCCGUGCCGCACCACCGGGGCCUGGGCAACGUGCAGUGGCCUCCGCUUCUCAACUUUGUGCGGGACAACCCGGAAGAGUUCGAGAGGACGGGUGGGUGGGCUCAGUACUUGAAGCCCGAGCAUGGAGAGGGCGCCGGCGGACGGAGGAGGAAAAGGGGAUCCGACGACUCUGACGACGGCAGUGAAGACGACGAUGACGACAGCAGCGGCAGCGAGGGAGACCUGUGGACGAUGAAUGGCGGCGACGACGACGAGGAGAGCGACGGCGAGUUUACGCCCGAGGCUGGCCUCUUGAACGCGUCCUACAGUGAAAUCGACGACGCCGACGACGCCGACUCACCCCGAAGCAAGCGCAAGCGCAAGCGAUUGCCGAGCGCGACUGCCGGCACCUCGUCGGGCGAGAAGAAACGGAGCGAAACGUCGCCGGGCCUCGCCGCUCUUCUGCUCCAGGUGCCGGAUGACGAAGACGUCCACCUCGCGUCCAUGAAAACGACGAAGAGGAAAGUGAAAGCGAAGACGAAGAAGACGAAGACGACGACUACCGCCGGAGACGAACUUAACGACAAAAGAGAAAAGAAAGCGAACAAGGGCAAAGGCGACGACGAGGAGCCAGCGAAGAAGAGGCGACGGCCAGCGGCGACGAAGGGGGAUCAUGGCAAGGAGCAGGCCAUCGCGAAGGUGUCCACCAGGCGGAAGCGCACAUCCGAGGACGCCGAAGAGGCCAAGAGCGCGUCUAAGGCUCCGCGCACGCGGGCGUCGAAGAAGAAGAAGAACGAAGACUGCGGCGAGAAGGACGCGAAAGCGAAAGCUAAGGCCGAGACAAGGACCACGCGGUGCCUCGCAGUGGACGAGACGAUCAUCGAAUCGACGGACGACGAAUUUGAGCCGAAAGCGGCUAAGCCCGCGGCGGCGGCUUCCUCCGCGGCCGAGUCUGCCCGGGCACGCAACGAGCGUGUGCGCCAGCGGCGGUUCACCGGCUACAACACCCGGUCCCGCCGUGGGGCGACGCCCGCCGGCGGCCCGCAGGACAAGAUCAUCCGCAUCGACCCUCCGCCCACCCGCCGCAAGCGGUCCCUCGCGCCACCAACGGCAGCGACCACACCGCAGCAGUCGAAGGAUCUCGAGGAGUCACCACGGAAGAAGAAGAAGAUGCCGGCGAUGAAGGCCGAGGCCGAGGUGGUGGACUCGGCAGCGAGCACGCAGACGCUGAUGCUGCGGCCGACCGUCGUGGCGGCGAGCGAUGACGGGGACGAGAGCGGUAGUUGCAGCUUCAGCUUCAACAGCGGAGACGAAAGCGCCGGGAGCGCGCUUGGGGAGGCGGGCUACGAGAGCGAGGAGUCUAACCGGCUCUACGACAGCACCAGUACUUCGACGUCCCCAGUCGCCGCCACCAAGUCCCCCCUCGCCAACAUCGGCGGGGUGCCCGUCGGCCUGCACCAAAACUCCCAGUGA